CUCCGAGCGGUGCUGUCAUCCUCACGCCACGCUCGCCUCUGGCAGUUGGGGGUGAAAAGGAAAGAGAAGAACCAGCUUGUCUUUUCUUUUGCAGUCCGUUGCCAUAACCUGCCACUUAAAACCCAAAGUCUUUUCUUGAGACGUCCAGUCGAGAGCGAAGUCUUCUUUUAUUGUCUGCGGUUUUGGGGCUGGAGUUUUGCUUCCCUCCCUCAUUUGUCGCUCUCGAGGCAGCCCAGCACCAUCAUGGUGAUGUUCAAGAAGAUCAAGUCUUUGGAGGUGGUCUUUAACGAUCCCGAGAAGGUGUACGGCAGCGGGGAGAAGGUGGCCGGCCGGGUGCUGGUGGAGGUGUGCGAGGUGACCCGGGUCAAGGCCGUGAGGAUCCUGGCCUGCGGGGUGGCCAAAGUCCUCUGGACGCAGGGCUCCCAGCAGUGCAAGCAGACCUUGGAUUACCUGCGCUACGAGGACACGCUCCUCCUGGAGGACGAGCCGACAGGUGAGAAUGAGAUGGUGAUCAUGAGACCUGGAAACACCUAUGAGUACAAGUUUGGCUUUGAGCUUCCUGAGGGGCCACUGGGAACAUCCUUCAAAGGAAAAUACGGGUGUGUGGACUACUGGGUGAAGGCUUUUCUUGAUCGCCCCAGCCAGCCGACUCAGGAGACCAAGAAAAUCUUUGAAGUGAUGGAUCUAGUGGAUGUCACUACUCCUGAUUUAAUGGCACCGGUAUCUGCUAAAAAGGAGAAGAAAGUUUCCUGCAUGUUCAUUCCUGAUGGACAAGUGUCUGUCUCUGCCCGAAUUGACAGAAAAGGAUUCUGUGAAGGUGAUGAGAUUUCCAUCCAUGCUGACUUCGAGAACACGUGUUCCCGCAUCGUGGUCCCCAAAGCUGCCAUUAUAUCCCGCCACACUUACCUUGCCAACGGCCAGACCAAGGUGCUAAAACAAAAGCUGUCGUCGGUCAGAGGCAAUCACAUCAUCUCGGGAACCUGUGCGUCCUGGCGGGGCAAGAGCCUCCGAGUGCAGAAGAUCAGGCCUUCCAUCCUGGGCUGCAACAUCCUUCGCGUUGAAUACUCCCUGCUGAUCUAUGUCAGUGUCCCUGGCUCCAAGAACGUCACCCUUGACCUGCCUCUGGUGAUUGGCAGCAGGUCGGGGUUGAGCAGCCGGACAUCCAGCAUGGCCAGCAGGACCAGCUCUGAGAUGAGUUGGGUGGAUUUGAACAUCCCUGAUACCCCAGAAGCUCCUCCUUGCUACAUGGAUAUCAUUCCUGAAGAUCACCGGCUGGAGAGCCCCACCACUCCCCUGCUAGAUGACACAGAUGGCUCCCAAGACAGCCCCAUUUUUAUGUACGCUCCUGAGUUCAAGUUCAUGCCACCACCUACUUACACUGAGGUGGACCCCUGCAUCCUCAACAACAACGUGCAGUGAGCCUGUGAAAGAAAAGAAGCAACUAGAUCUAUUUGUUUCUUUCUGCCUCUCUUCCUGGACUCUUUAGAGCCUCGGCAGUCUUUCCAGAGGGGACACAUGUCUGCCCCACCUGCUGACCCCCAGUGUAGGAGGCGCUCGGCAGGCAGCCUCCCGGGUCCUAACAGUGCGCGCCCAUUCUCAGUCAGCGGGAUGCUGUUGAUACCAGGGCGUUUACUGGGUGGGCUUCAAACAGUAGAAAAGUCCAGUCCACCCUAUUUUUCUCCAGUCCCCUUGAAAACCCAAGGAGUUUUCAGUAGCUUUGAGUAAGGGGUAGAAAUGGUCUGUUGUCCGUUGUCCCAAGGAUUUUCUGAAGGGAUUAUAGACUGUUGUAACAUCAGGUUUUGAACUUCAGUAACAUGGAGCAGAAUAAUUUAACAAACUGGGAGAAUGAAAAGGGGAAAGAAAAGCAUCGCCAAAACUCUGAGAAAGGGUUUCUAAAAAUCAGUGUUACUCUUUGAACACUCAGCAGAAACAAAAAGCCAUCCAGGGAGGAUUUGGUUUGGACUUUGAAGAGAGCUCCCUGUGUGAGUGAAAGGGAAGAAGCUUUAGGUUGUCUUUGCUGAGAGUGUUCUUUAAUCUGGCGCUCAGCGGUUACUGUGCCCCACAGCGAUCUUCAGGCAAUCUCGGACCUCUGUACUGUGUUUCCCUGUUGCAGACAUUUUCGGGGUGGGGAGAAUGUUUUCAUGUGACUUCUUGGAACUGACCCUAAGAUGAUGGUCUUAGCACUUUAGUUCCUGUCAAAUUCUCAUUUUCUCUCUCACAUGGAAGCUAAAGCACGUCUGUAUGUAUGAAUAAGCACAAUGACAAAAAAUAGUGUUAUUCAGUACUUCCAAGACUGCAGAGUUCUGUCACCUGACACUCUAAUCAGAUGAGGAGUGUGCUGCUGUCAGCCUUGCCCACUGUGACUUCUCUAAACUCACGGAGUAACUCCAGACAAGAUGCCUGCUUUUGUGAAGAACCUCCAGACACCACCACAAGCGACUAGAGGGCGUGGCUGCACCGAAGUCCCAGGCACACCCUGCCCAGCCCAGCGAGGGGAGCCCCCUGGCUGCAGACCCUGGCGCCUGGUCAGCCGCCCCCCCGCCCUUGAGCACUUUGUUCACUGUCCUGUGUGGGAGCCCUGGCUCUAGCCGCCUUCUAUGGGCUGAAGGUGGUUUUAUGUUUUGUUUUUUUUUAAUUGUGUAUCUUUUUGUAAGAUAAAGCUAUAUUUUGUACUUAACCAGAUAUAUUUUCACCCCAGAUGGGAAUAUUCUUUAUUAAAAAAAAAAUAAAGCUUUUUUUAAUGGCAAAAA